UAUUUUUAUAAUUUUGUUUUUUUUUUCUGGCAAAGAUGUAUGUCCUUUUCCCCUUCUCGAAAAGAUGUAACCCCCAAUGAGAGCGGAAGUGGAGUCUCGCAGAAGCUUUGUCUUUCAUUACAUCCUUUAUAUCUGAUUACCACUGCGUAUAUUAAUAGGAGCGGCGAUGACGGCGCAGCGUGACAACGUGACCGACCUCCUUGCCUUGGCGGCCGAACUGAGCGAGCAGGAGGACCUCCGAGCCGCCGUCACAGGGAGUGUCAAGGGCGGCCUCAUCGCAGGAGCCGUUACUGCGUGCGGGGGUCUCCUGGGCGGUCCCUUAGGCCUUGCUGUUGGUGGUGCAGUGGGAGGGGUCGUGGCAGCGGCUGUAUUUCGUAAGAAAUUCAAGAGUGUGGCUUCCAUUAUCAUGAAUGACUUAAGCUCAACACAGAAGAAGAAACUCGCGGCCACUUUGACGAAUAUAAUCCCCUCUCAGCUCAUCCGCACGUCCGCUUCUGAACUACCGCCGGAUUUGAAGCGGCAGAUUAUAGAAGCAGUUCAACAGUUCUUUGGCAGUCACUUGAACAUGCGUGUGCAGUAUCGAUAAAUGUAGUGCUUUUGGCGUUUUUAUCCGUGUAUUUUUUCAGAUUUUCACUUGAGGUAUCAGGUAUAGAGUGGUGAUUUCAUUUAAAAUAGUGUAACCUGUUAUCUUAGAUGGUCUUUUUUUAUUAAAUGAUUGUGAUAUAUAGAAAACUAAUAGGAAGGUAAACUUUUAUAAAUUGUUUUUACAGUUAUCUUUCUCUGUAUGAUUAUGUUAUUAUAAAGACGAUGAAUAGGAUAGUGUCUUUGUUGAACUAUUUCAUGGUAUUUACCAUAAACUGAGAAAAAGACAUUGUUCUUUUUUUCGAAGAGAUUUAAAUAUUUUGUUUCAUGUGUUGUUACGCUGAAUAUUGGAUAAAAAGGCGAGAAUAUCUGUAUGAAAUGUUGGAAGAGUAAUAGGAAUUUAUUUA